GAAAGUUUCUUUUGCUUUUAUAGUGAUGAUAUUUUGCUUACCAAUUAAUGGUCACGUGACGACGACAAACCAACCAAAUCCCGGCGUAUAAUUAUCAACAUGGCUUAAUAAACUUCGAUUAUAUUCGGGAGAAGAAAGAUUGUAUAAAUAUUUUCAUUAUUUAUUUCAUUACUUGAUUAUCUAAUAUAUACCAAUAUCAUCACAAUGGCAAGUGCUAGUACUAAUCCUGUCCUUAUUUGGUUGGACAAAUACCCAGAUCCAAAAGCAACGGCUACUAGAACUGCUCCAGCAGAUGUAUUGAAGUUGAUCAAACAAUCUCCCCAAUCAACCGUCAUUUUAGAUUUGAGAAACGAUAGAUCUCCUUCUAUCCUUCAAGAAUCUAUAAGCAUUCCUGCUACUACCAUAGAUGGAUAUGAACAUAUCAAAGAUACAGUUCUUGAUGUCAUCAUUAACCAAAAGCCUGAGGUUAAGGAUAUUGCUAUUCAUUGUAAUAGUUCAAGAAAAAGAGCUGUCAAGGUUGCAGGAUGGAUCCAAGACCAUAUUAAUGAAAAUGACAUAAAAGAUUACAAAGUAACAAUUUUGGAUGGUGGUAUUACUGGGUGGGUUGAGUUGGAUAAACCAUAUCAAGAAGUCUUGAUCCCUUUUAAAGAUUAAGAGGAGUUAUAUAUAUUGAGCAUAGUUAUAGUUAAUAAAAGAGUAUUAAACAUCUCACUAAAUUCACCAUUGGAUACUUACAUAAAUAAGCUUAUCAUGUUGCUGCUAUUGUGGUAACCAUGUA